AUGGAUAUCGAUUUGACUCCAAAUUGGAGUCAAUCGAAGGAUUAUUUGACAUUCCAGGUCUUGUCUGAGUACCUCCAACUUCUGGAUAGCUUAUCAAUGCUAUCAGCUAUACAAGAGAUGAGUCGUGGUGUGGAGAUAUGGCUGGGAAGAACUCUACAGAAGUUGGAUUCACUUUUAUUGGGUAGGAUGUUGAACACAACAGUGGAGGAUGUUGAAGACAACCCUAUGGCUGUUGAAGUUGAUAAAUCUGAUAUUUCUGGUCUUACAUGGAUGAAAGUUCCAUGGACUAAUCAGCUUGCUAUUAGAAUCAAAGAUGGUUUGAAGUACAAGUUCAUUGGUUUUCGUGAUCAGGAUGUUAUUAGCCUGACCAACUUUAUCCAGAACUCCUGUGGGUUAACAACAGAAGAGAAACAACUUUCGAUUAGUGGGAAAAACUGGGGAGAAGUUGAUUUAAAUGGCAAUAUGCUGUCUUUUCUUGUUGGUUCAAGGCAAAUAUUUGAAGUCUCCUUAGCUGAUGUCUCCCAAACACAGCUACAAGGAAAGAAUGAUGUCAUAUUGGAAUUCCAUGUGGAUGACACAACUGGUGUAAAUGAGAAACAAGGAGGUGGUAAGGCUGUUGAAGUUGAUAAAUCUGAUAUUUCUGGUCUUACAUGGGUGAAAGUUCCACGGACUAAUCAGCUUGCUGUUAGAAUCAAAGAUGGGUUGAAGUACAAGUUCACUGGUUUUCGUGAUCAGGAUGUUAUUAGCCUGACCAACUUUUUCCAGAACUCCUGUGGGUUAACAACAGAAGAGAAACAGCCCAUGACUUUUUCUGGUGAUAUCACAACAAUCCUGAGCAGUAUCAAUCUUAAUGGAUCCAUACAACCCAUGACUUUUUCUGAUGAUAUCACAACAAUCUAA